CAAGCAGUCAUUUUCCCCCGUUAUUCAGCCAAAGAACACCGUAGAGAGAACAGGACAGGGCUUCAACGCUGCUGUCGCCAAUUCAAGACGAUCAAUUACUUUGACCUGAUAUCGAUACGACACUCGCAAGGCAGCCGAUUUCACCAUGCCCAUUACCAUUCUCCCGCCCUCAGCGGCACCUCUACCACCAGUUCUCCAGCACGAUGAUUCUUCCGAUGUCGAUAUGUCCGAUGAUGACAUUCCAGAGACUUCGUCCAAGAACGCCAUCAUAACGCCUGGACAGGCCAUAACCGACGACCCACAAUGGAUGCGCGGCCAUGGAACAUACAUCCCUCCAUCUUCCACGACGAUCACCUCGACCGUUGCGGGCACUUUGCACAAAACCAACAAACUCCUUUCUGUCCAGCCCCUUCGCGCGCGGUACCAGCCCGAAAUCGGAGACCUCGUUAUCGGUCGAAUCGUCAGCGUACAGACAAAGAAGUGGAGCGUAGACAUCGCCGCGCCCAUGCUUGCAAGUCUCCCUCUGAGUGCCAUAAACUUGCCUGGUGGCAUACUGCGAAGAAGAACGGCAGUCGACGAACUCAAUAUCCGGACUUUCUUUUCGGAGGGCGAUCUCCUGGUCGCGGAAGUGCAGGCACUGCAUCAGGAUAACACAGCGAGUUUACACACGCGCAGUCUGAAGUAUGGAAAACUGAGGAACGGACUAUUCACAUCCCUCUCGGGUGCAGGAGGCGGAAUUCUUUCUCGGAAAGGAGGUGUCGUGCGGUCACGACGCCAGGUUUUCACCUUGAACACAGCUGCGGGAGAAAUCGAUGUCAUUCUCGGUGUUAAUGGAUACAUAUGGGUCUCGAAGCACAAUGAGGCGAAUAAGGAGUCGAAGGAUGUUAGCAUCACAAGGUUAGAGGAAGGUGUUUCCGAGACAUUGUAUUCCAGCCAAAACGACGAGCUCGAGCCUGGUGUUUUGCGGGAGAUCACGAGGGUCAGCACAUUGAUCAAGGGCCUCGUCGCAUGCGGUACGAGAGUGGACGAAGAUAUGAUUGUGAGAGUAUACGAGGGUGCUAUUGAAUUGGAGGCCGAGGAGAAGAGCCUGGGACUCUUGGAAGAGAAAGGUAGUGGGCCCAAGGGUGUAGUUGAAGCUGUGCUCUCGAGGCUCAGCGGAUAAAAGACGAAAGCAGAUGUUGCUUAGGAAGUAGAAUUAAAUGAUACCCGCAUCAUAGCCAUGCA